CCCACCUCCAUUUCUACUACCACAUCCACAACCUCCUUGCCGGCCCAAACGUUAUGGCCCUGCAUCUCAACGCUAAAGGCCCUCUACAUUCGAACGACACGGUUAUUCAACUUUGUGUUUACCACCGAUAAUGAGCACCGAGGAAGCACCAUCACUGUGUUGGGACGCAACUCCAUAUUUGCCCCCGGGAUAAGGGAGAUGCCGGUCAUCGGCGGCACCGGAGUUUUCGGGUUCGCUCGUGGGAAGGUUCAUCUCAAAACGCACUCCUAUAAUGCUACAACCGGAAACGCGAUCGUUAAGUGCGAUAUCUACGUCUUUCACUAUUGA